AUGGCCUACCAGGCUGUAAAGGCCAUGAACUAUCUACACAUAAACGGCAUCUGCCACGGAGAGUCGGGCGACGACCUCCCACUCUCAUCGCCCCGGUAUCUUACAUAUGCGGUAGACCUCUUCCGCCUAGGGGGUGAGUACCUGACCGACCAGAUCUGCGUCGUUGACUUUGGCGAGGCCUUCCGCGUCUCAGCCCCCCCUAUAUUUUCUUGUAUUCCCGAGUCGUACAUUUCGCCAGAGCUGCUUCUACAGAUGCUUCAGGACGAGAAGAACCACUACGGAGCGGACGACGAGGAUGACGACGAAGAGAACGACGGAGACGAUACUACGAGCGAUGAUCCAGAAGAAGGACGAGUUACUAUCGGUCCAGCCUGUGACCUUUGGGCUCUCGGGUGUACACUCUAUGCGAUCAGACAGCAGAUGGCACUCUUUUACAUGAUCGACGAUCCGGACGAGCUCGUGGCCGAAAUGGUACGGUUCUUCGGAAAGCUUCCUCCACAGUGGUGGGAUACUUGGGAUCGUCGUGCGGAGUACUUCGAUGACCAAGGGAAGUGGGUUAGACAUGGCGGGAAUGAGACUUAUUCUCUCGAGUUCAUUCUCAGCAGGCCUAGAACCAUUGUACGGAAACCCGGUCACGAAUCACAGCGGACAAUCUUGAUGACCCCCGAGGCGGAGCAGAAACUGAUGGCGGAUCUGCUCUACAAGCUGCUCCAGUACGAGCCUGAGAAGCGCAUCAGUGCGACAGAUGUACUGGCGCACGAAUGGUUCAGGAUGUAA